UAGAACAGACUGGGUGGGAAAAAUGGGUACAUCCGGUUCUUCAUGCGACAAAGUCUUAUCAGGACCCCGAUUGAGCACAAGUUCGUCAUGGAUUCGAAAUCAAGACGAAGGUCCCGAUCCUCGUCCAGAAAUCGGAGUCGGGACCGACGAAAUGAAUCCAACAGGUCGCGAACUCCAGAGGGAAGGGCGCAUUGCCGACCAUCAGACACUAAACGAUCCGCUCGGAGCCGCGGACGACAGGAUAGCUGUGACUCCGGCAGCAGCUCAACAGACAAACGGCGGCCUCAACAUCGGGGCCGUUCAAGUUCCAGAAGUAGCUCGGAGAGCGAAAGCAGACGAAGAAUACACCGUGUCAGGAGCAAAUCAAAGAGCGUGUCAUCAAGUUCUGAUUCAGAUCAUCGUAUAGAGAGAGGGAGAAAAAGAGACAUGCAGAUCCGAAGAGGAACAUCCCAAGAGAGAAGGAAGGGAAAAUCUUCAUCUUCAGACUCUCGGAAUGGAAGCAGUGAAAGAGAGAGAAGAAGACAGAGAAGCCCCAGCCGAGGGAGUCCACCCAGGGACAGACAGAGACAGAGGGAUAGAGAUAGAGAAAGAAAAAACGAAAGAGGUAGAAGGAAUAGUCAAGAAAGUGAGCGAGGGAGGAGUGGGAAAGGCAGAGACAGGGGGAGACGUCAAUCCAGUUCAGCAGACUCCUCUGACAGCUCGGGCUCGGAUCAGGGGAGCCGUGCAGUCAAGGAGAAGGAAAACAAGAAAAAGCAGAAGGAGAUGAUGAAGGCUCUGGAAACACCAGAAGAGAAGAGGGCCAGAAGGUUGGCAAAGAAAGAGGCGAAGGAGAAGAAGAGGAGGGAAAAGAUGGGCUGGAGUGAAGAGUACAUGGGAUACACCAACGCAGACAAUCCUUUUGGUGAUAAUAACUUAUUGGGCACAUUUAAGUGGCAAAAGGCUCUGGAUAAGAAAGGCAUUGGUCACCUUGGAGAGAAAGAGCUCAAAGACAGGAACAAACGCAUACAGGAGGAGAAUCGCAGAGAGCUCCAGAAGGUAAAACAGCUGCGAUUGGAGCGUGAGCGAGAGAAGGCCAUGAGGGAAACGGAGCUGGAGAUGCUCCAAAGAGAAAAAGAAGCAGAGCAUUUCAAGACCUGGGCUGAACAGGAGGACAACUUCCAUCUGCAUCAGGCCAAACUACGGUCUAAGAUUAGAAUCCGUGAUGGCCGAGCGAAGCCUAUUGACCUUUUGGCAAAGUACAUCAGUGCAGAAGAUGAUGAUCUUGCUGUUGAAAUGCAUGAACCAUAUACCUUCCUCAAUGGGCUGACAGUCACAGACAUGGAUGACCUGCUUGAGGACAUUAAGGUUUAUAUGGAGUUGGAACAAGGCAAGAAUGUGGACUUCUGGAGAGAUAUGACUACCAUCACUGAGGAUGAGAUAAGCAAGUUGAGAAAACUUGAAGCCACUGGAAAAGGACCAGGUGACCGCCGUGACGGCAUCAACACGGCGGUGAGCAGCGACGUGCAGACGGUGUUCAAAGGAAAGACAUACAGCCAGCUGCAGGCGCUUCAUCUCAAUAUAGAGACCAAGAUUCGUGCCGGAGGAUCCAACCUUGACAUCGGUUACUGGGAGAGUCUGCUGCAGCAGGUUCGAGUCUACAUGGCGAGAGCAAGGCUGAGGGAACGACACCAGGAUGUCCUGCGUCAGAAGCUGUUCAAGCUGAAGCAGGAACAAGGCGUAGACAGUGAUCCUUUGUUCCCCAUCAUUAAGGAGGAGCCAAUGAGCGAUGACAUUGCCAACAGAAUACCGGGCCGAUCGGGAGAGUCCUCAUCAGAAGAGCCUGGCCAGUCAUUCGCCCAAAAUAUCAACAAGGGAGAGGACGACGGCCCGUCCACAUCCACCGCGGAACGCAGAGACAAAGAUGGAGACGAAAGCGGGGACAAGGAUGACGAGAAGGCGGAGGAGGUGGAGGCUGUGCUCACGGAGGAGGAUCUGAUCCAGCAGAGCCAGGCGGAAUACGAUUCGGGUCGCUAUAGUCCGACGCUGCUCACAACCCCAGACCUGCCAAUAGACACGCACACCAUCACCCCUGAGGAGGACACACACAGGCUUCAGUUAGCCCGCAGACAGCUGCAGGUUACAGGGGACGCCAGCGAGAGCGCCGAGGAUGUCUUUGUGCGUCGGGCCAAAGAGGGAAUGGGCAACGAUGAGGCCCAGUUCAGCGUGGAGAUCCCCGUCACGGGCAAGAUGUACUUGUGGGCAGACAAAUACCGACCCAGGAAACCCCGCUUCUUCAACAGGGUCCACACUGGUUUUGAGUGGAACAAAUACAACCAGACCCAUUAUGACUUUGACAACCCUCCGCCUAAGAUUGUACAAGGCUACAAGUUUAAUAUUUUCUACCCUGACCUCAUAGACAAACGCUCCACCCCUCAGUACUUUCUCGAGCCCAGUCCUGAUAAUAAAGAUUUUGGGAUUCUUAGGUUCCAUGCAGGGCCGCCAUACGAGGACAUUGCUUUUAAGAUAGUAAACAGAGAGUGGGAGUACUCACACCGGCACGGAUUCCGCUGUCAGUUUGCUAACGGCAUCUUUCAGCUGUGGUUCCACUUCAAGAGGUACCGCUACAGAAGAUGAAGUCAUUCCAUUUUGGUGUUGGUAAUGGGUCCACUGAAUAGGGGCUGUAAACGGCUUUCAUAAUGCAAUUCGUUCUUUUUAAAAAAAAAAGUACAUUAAAGAUUUUUUGUUCUUUUUAAACACUUGUUUGUGACUAAACUGUAGAAUGUCAGAGACAAUGCAUUGAAUUUUAAUACAUCACAAUGCUCAAAAGUAAAAGCAAUAGGCCACUGGUGCAAUUUUUUUUUACUGUGUAAAUUUAGUCCAAGUUUUUUUUAACUGAAACUGCAAAGAAUGUCAUGAACACAUUUCAUACCAAAUGCAAUCAGUUUGGGAGUGAUCAAGUGAAGACAUUUCGAAACAGGAAAGAUUGUGUGUGACUUGAGAAAUACAGCCACAUAUUUUCUUCACAGUCUUGGCAAGUCACAUCUUGUCGAGAACCGUUGAAUGAGACCAGCCAGGUAAAAAAAACAAAAACUAAAUAUUAGCAGUUAACAUGGAGAUACCUCAAUGUAUACACCCAUGUGAGAAUACCUUUAUAUAUACAGUAUGCAGUAUAUCACAAAAGUGAGUACACACCUCAGCUAUUUAGACAAUAGCACCUGUAUGCUACAUUGACUGAAGUAUAUCCUAUAGGGAUUAUCUGAUCAUUAUCGGCCUGAUAUCAGCAUAAAAAUGCGAUAUCGGUAUCACUUUUACCGAUCAUGACAACCGAUAUUUAAAUACUGUAUACAACGUGUGUUUAUUCCACCACAGGAGAUACAGUAUGUCGUGUUAAAUAUAUCAUAAUCGGCUGAUAUUGGACAAUAUUGGUUUUUGCAACAACAAAAAAAAGCAAAUAUCGGACAUUCCUAACAUCCAAGUUUAAUUUCUAUGGUUAUGUUCUUUGUAAAUAUAUAUUUUAAAUAGUUGCUGAAAUGUGAAGGGUGUACUCGCUCUUCUGAGAUACUGUUCUGUACUGUCAAGAUGUCCACAUGGGGUUUCUGAUGAGGAGUUAACAGUCUUCCAUUAAAAAUGUAUGAACAUACAUACACGUUUGUAUGUACUUUAAAAAAAAAUGUUCCCACAGCUUG